UCUGGAUCGGUUCCAGUCUUCAUUCACAAAUUUACGUGGUCGCAAAUUUAAGGGAACCAGCCGUGGUCUUUAUUUGUUUUUUUCAUAAUAUCAUAUUAUUAUGUCUGAGACAGAUGUUGUUAUUGUAUCUGGUGUCCGCACUGCAAUAGGAAAUCUGAAUGGUGGCCUGUCCAGCCAGCCUGCCCAUGCGCUUGGUGCAGCCUGUAUCCGUGAGCUGCUGGCAAGGUCUGGUGUCCAUGGAGACGCAGUGUCAGAGGUCAUCCUGGGUCAGGUACUUACUGCAGGUGAAGGGCAGAACCCCGCACGUCAGGCAAGUGUUGGGGCAGGGAUUCCCUACAGUGUCCCUUCCAUAGGCGUCAACAUGCUGUGUGGGUCUGGACUAAAGGCGGUUGCCAUGGGUUACCAAGCAAUAAAGGCGGGAGACUCUUCAGUGGUCAUUGCUGGAGGUCAGGAAAGCAUGAGCAGGGCCCGUCACUGUGUGCACAUGAGGGAGGGGACCAAGUUUGGUGAUGUGUCCAUGGUGGAUACAAUGAUGAAAGACGGACUGACGGACGCCUUCAACAACUACCACAUGGGCAUCACUGCGGAGAACGUAGCGCGACAAUGGGGCGUAUCUCGGGAGGACCAGGAUCAGUUUGCCCUGCAGUCCCAGAAGCGUUGCGCUGCAGCCCAGCAGGCUGGACGCUUCAAGAAGGAAAUAGUACCUGUCCAGGUUAAAACAAGGGCAGGUGUGAAGGAGGUUGUUGAUGAUGAGUUCCCGCGUCCCACAUCCACCCUGGAGGGCUUUCAGAAACUGAGGCCUGCCUUUAUCACCGAUGGAUCUGGCACCGUCACUGCUGGCAACGCCUCGGGUAUAAAUGAUGGUGCAGCAGCUGUGUUGAUGAUGUCGCAAGCGCAGGCCACAUCACUGGGGCUGGUUCCCAUGGCAACAAUCAUAUCCUGGGCCCAGUCAGGGGUUGAUCCUGCGGUCAUGGGAACAGGUCCCAUAGUAGCUGUGCAGAAAGCUCUGGAGAAAGCAGGCUGGAGUAAGGACAGUGUUGAUGUGUUUGAGUUGAAUGAGGCAUUUGCUGCACAGUCUUUAGCGGUCAUUAGAGACCUUGGGCUGCCGGUAGACAAGGUGAAUGUGAAUGGUGGAGCCUUGGCACUGGGUCAUCCUAUUGGAGCAAGCGGUGCACGUGUACUUGUCACCCUACUGCACGUGAUGGAGGCAGGAGGGCUGCACAGAGGUGUGGCUGCCCUCUGUAUCGGCGGGGGCAUGGGUAUUGCCAUGUGUGUGCAGAGAUGAGGGGAGGUGAGAGAAGCCUAGAGAAUGGGUAGAAGUGACUGUGAUCUACUUACCUUUCAUCUUUCACAUUUUACAUUAUAAAUAUAAACAUAUUAUGCAUUGCUUACAUUCACCUCUGUUACAUGGUGUCAUGUAAGUGAAAUACAUACAUGUAUGUCUACAUGCAAUAUUAAAAUGGUUGUUUUAUUAACUUA